AAAAUAUCAAAACUAUUAUAUUGUAUUUUUUUAUCUGAGUUAUAUUUAGUAUAUCAGAGAGUAUAGAAUGUAUAUUCAGCAUCAACAGUAUAAGAUUUGCUUUCAGUGGUCAUUAUCGCGAAAGGCUUUACUUUAACAAGACACGUAUUUAAAUAAAAAAAAUUUUUAAAGUACAAUACAAAAUUAUAAAAUUUAAAAUACAUUUCAAAAUAAAAGGAAUUAAAAAUUAUACUAAAUUUUGAAACAAGUGUGAAAAAUACAUAAAAAAUGAAUGCCGAUCAAUUUUCGGAUAUAUUGAAAGAUAUAACAAAAAAAUUUGAAGAUGCAUUUUCUCUAAAAUCUCAACAAUCACGACAAGAACAAUAUUAUAAUCCAAAGGAUGUAUUAAAACUCGCAUUAGCUUGCGUUUCUAAUAAUACAGAAGAAUUACUUAUAGAUGUCGUGGAAAUAAUUACACUAUUUUUAAUAAGAGGACCAAAAAUUUCCAAAAUCAAUGAAUCAAUGAAAGAAAUUGGCAAACAACGUAUUGAUUAUUUAAAGAAAAAAUAUAAAUUAAAAGAUUUUGCAAGCUCUGAAGAUGUUGCAAGUGGAAAUGCAUUAUCAUUAAGAAAAUUAAUUGCCGCAUUUCCUUAUCAAUUUUUAAUUAUAAUGAAAAGUGAAAAAUAUCCACGACCACUUGGCAAAGAAACACUUAAUUUAGCAAAAGCACAAAAUUUUCCUGGUUUUUUAAAAAGUUCCACAUUUCUCAGUGUAAUUCCAUUUCCAAUGAAACAAAAUGUAAAUCAAAUUUGGUCACCCGAUAAAGAGGGAAUUACAAAAUUUAUAACAAUAAUUCAUGGUGUUAUUGCCUAUGAAUUUCUUGAAUCGUUCAUUGUUCAUAAAUGGGGUAAUAAUGACACACCAAUAUCACCUAUUAAAGCAUUGUCAAAUGUCAUUAGUGUUGCGCAAAAUAUUUUACAUUCAAAUUUUAUAAAUCAAAAAAUACGCGAAGACAAUUAUUUGAAAAUGUUUGAGAAGGAUGUGAAUUUAAAUUUUAAAGCCAUUGAAAAUUUAGUGGCAUACACUGAAAAUAAAUAUAAUGGUUUUAAUGAUAUUUUAUUCACACAUUUUAAUUAUAACAUAAAAAGUAUGAAAUUUGAUUGUAGGGCAAAAGUUUUUUGUCGCCAUGUUGAGCGCUGA